CGUCCCUCGUCCUCACCUAAAGGACAGACUUUGACUCCCGGAUUGCUACCUCCAGCAUCCGAAGACUUUCCUUAGUCUCACUUAGACUCUUUAACUCAUCUUACAGCUGCUUUCUCGCCUGCUGGCAGGUCAUUUUUGACGACCGACCCACACGAGACAGACUUUAUUCGACACCCGAAUCCAUCACUCCAAAUCAUCCCAACUCAUCUCAUAUUCCAAAAUUCAAUGAGCAAAUCCGCAACUGCAACAGUACCAAAGAUCCCAGCCCAGCUACCAACCCAGUCAGCUUGGUCAAGAGGCCCACCACAGACCGCGUCUUCGUCACGAUCUCAAUCUCCAGCUCCUCAGAAUACAACCGUCCAUGCAACACAUUCAAGACGCCCUAGUACUCUUGGCCAGGGUAUACACAUAAAAGAUGGAGUGAGCAUUCCUCGGAAUAACGUAGGAGCUGCGAAGCAAGGACCCGCAGUGUCCUUCGGAUCUAUAGAUGAUGUUUCGGCGCCAAUGUCGUCGUCACCCGCUGCCACACCCCCGAUAAAAUCAGAGGGUGUCAAAACGUUUGGAACUGUUCCUGCGACGGUCAGCCAGGUAAACGGCAAGUCGUCUGUAUCCAUUGCGAAGCCAGGAUCUUCGUCAAAUACCUCUACUACACCCCACAAGCCACGUAAACAGGACAUUGCUAAAUUGUUCCAGAAUCCUUCGUCGGCGCCCCCGUCACAAGCUUCCUCCGAUACCUCAUCUCCUAAUAUCAGACCUUCAAACCUCCCGCCUUCAUCACAGCCUCCUUCGAUACCAUCAUCAUCGUCAUCUCAUCCGCCGUAUUCUCCUUUUGUUCCUCAAAAUGGCAUGCGACCUCAGCAGCCAAAUGCUGGCCCUAAUGCUAGUGCUAGUGGCUCUGGUCCAAGGUCGCCUCCGUAUCAACGGCAGGUCCCUAAUGGCAAUGCCCCCCGUAUACCGAGUGGGCCAACCGGGCCAGGGGCCCCCCAGAUGUCUGGGGGCCUCGGUAGCCCUCGUAUGACACCCCAUCCUCCUCCUGCAAAUAUGCCUCCUCCAAUGCAGACCCAAAUGGCUUGGCAGCCCAAUUACUAUUAUAUGGGUGACCAGCCAUAUAUGUACCCAUGGUAUGCAAUGCCUCAGCAGCAUCAGAUGCCGCCUCAACAACCCCAGCAUCAUCCGCCUCCUCCCGGUGGGCAUGGCCCUCCCCAUAAUGGGAUACCCGUUUCUCCUCGUAACCACCCUCCUCCUCUUCAAGGACCUGGAACUCCGACCCCCGCCCAUGCAGUACCGGCUACCCAUCCUCCUCACCUCCCUCCCACUAUGUCACAUUCUUCCUCUGGAAGUAUCGGCGGUUUGUCAUCGCCGCCUCCCACACCCUCCUCUGCCUCGAUGCCCGGUACUGGUCGGUUAAACACCAGCGCUAGCGCGUUUGUACCCGGUCAACGAUCAAGUGCUCGAAUUUCACUGAAAAAUGCAGAGGGGAUGGAGAUUAACUUGGAAAAUCUUAAGAACCAGAAACUCAGUCCCGCUCUGUCUGGCACUGCACUUCCACCGGUCGUAUCGGCACAUAGCAGCCCUGGUCGACGGCCUGCCGUACGCAUGGAGUCUGAAGAGGAGCGGUCGAAACGCCUAGCAGGUGAACGGGAGAAGGAGCAGGCCAAAGUCAAGGCAGAGGCAGAUUCCAAAGCCAAGAAGGAGAAGGAGGAGAGGGAGCGUAGGGCGAAGGAAGAGAAGGAGAAGAAGGAGAAGGAAGCGAAAGAGCGCAGGGAGAAAGAAGAGAAGGAGAGGUUGGAGAAGGAAGCGAAAGAGAAGAAGGAGCGAGAGGAGAAGGAGGCUAAAGAGAAACAGGAACGAGAAGCGGCUGAGAAGAAGCGGCUAGAGGAGGAGGCCGCUGAAAAGGAGCGGUUGAAGAAGGAGGAAGAGGAGAAAGAAAAGGAGCGUCUCCGACUAGAGGAGGAGCGGAGGAAAGCUGAGGAGGAGGCUGAACGGAAACGGUUACAACAGGAACAGGAGGAGAAAGAGAAAGAACGGUUACGCCUGGAAGAGGAAGAGAAGGAGCGCGCCCGUAUCGCAGAGGAAGAAGCCGCUAAAGCUAGGGCUGAAGCUGAGGCUGCUGCUGAGGUUGCUGCCGCCGCCGCCGCCAUUGCCGCCACUAAGCCUGAGGAAGGCGAGGUCAUCGAGGAAACCUCAACCGCCGCCGCCGAUGCCACUGCAACAAGCAAAGACAAGGCGAAGGAGAAGGAUCUCCGAAUCAAUACUACGUCACCCCCAUCAGAGCUUCCCCGACGCCGUCCUGGUCCUCUCGAUCUCUCGACCACCAAGGCGAACAUUCCCGCACCCCUUCCUUCCGCCCUUGCUACUGCUCGUAUCAUCGAUGACUUGGGUCGCGUUCCUUAUCCCGAAGGCAUCAAGAGUCCUCGAGUUGAGCUCAACAUAAAUGCCAAAGAUGGUAAAUUCAGAUACGACCGGGACUUCCUUCUGCAAUUCAUGUUAAUAUGCAAGGAGAAGCCCGAAUCACUUCCUGCCCUCGAUGCUAUCGGUCUUGAACCUUCCGACCAGAGUUCGUACCCUAUGAGUCGUGGUGGAUCUGGGCGACAUCGUCAGAGCUCUGGUCCUGUACCACCUCAGCGCCAGAACUCCACUGGUCUGGGAUUCAACCCAGGAUCUUCCUUUGGCAAAGGAGGUUCCAGCGCCCCCUUCAGCAUGGGUAUGGGCAACUUUGGGACUAUCGGCGGGUCCAAGCUCAACAGCGAUGACCGAUUCAACAUGUCCAACAACAUGCGUGCUACGUCUGUCAGUGGCGCAGCUCCUAUGCCAUUUGGCCGACCUACCCAAAUGCAAAGAACGGCAAGUCAAGGUGGCCCGGGUGGUGCACCCAUGGGCAGCAACCGAACCCGGAGCAAACGCGGCGAGAAACGCAACGAUAGCAACAGAGUACCGACCGGCCCUGGAUCUCAACACGGGUAUAGCAUGGGUGGUCACGGAUCUGCGGCAGCUCUCGCUCAAUCGAUGCUUGAACCUGUUGCUCCAUUACAGCAGAGCGCCAAUCGUUGGGACAGGCGCGUGCUUAGUUCAAACGAUCCGGACUCUCCCGAUGUCGUUGACCGCAAGGUCAAGGGUCUUCUGAACAAGCUCACAAUGGAGAAAUUCGACUCCAUUUCUGAUCAGAUCAUCGCAUGGGCGAACAAGUCCGAGAAGGAAAAAGAUGGCCGCACUCUCAUUCAAGUCAUUCGGCUCGUCUUUGAGAAAGCCACCGAUGAAGCUACAUGGUCCGAGAUGUAUGCUCGUCUCUGUCGGAAAAUGAUGGAGCAAAUCAGUGCAAAGGUCCAGGAUGAUGGUAUCAAGAAUUCUGAAGGGAAACCCAUUGCUGGCGGUCAGUUGUUCCGGAAAUAUCUUCUCAACAGGUGUCAGGAAGAUUUCGAGCGAGGGUGGGUGGCGAAAGAAGCUACUGCUGCAGCCGCAGCUUCCAAGGCUAUCGAGGAUCAAGCUGCCAAGGCUGCCGCCGAGAAGAAGGGCGACGGCGAGGAGGAGAUCGCACUCUAUUCUGAAGAGUAUUACGCCGCGCAGAAAGCGAAACGACAAGGUCUCGGUUUGAUCAAAUUCAUCGGUGAAUUGUUCAAGCUGCAGAUGUUGACGGAGCGUAUCAUGCACGAGUGUGUCAAGAAGCUGCUUGGAAAUGUUGAGAAUCCCGAAGAAGAGGAGAUUGAAUCCCUCUGCAAGCUUUUGACUACUGUUGGGCAAUUGUUGGAUACAUCGAAGGCCCGGGCUCAUAUGGAUGUUUACUUUUCGCGCAUGAAGGAGCUUACGAAGAGCCCUAAUGUUAGCUCUCGUAUGCAGUUUAUGUUACAAGAUGUUCUCGAGCUGCCCGUAAUGCUGUUGCCUGCGCCUACUACAAUCGCUCAGAUACACGAAGCAGCCGCGAAGGAGAAAGCCGCUCAAGCACAGGAAUCAUAUCAACGUCAAAUGUCAAUGUCUCGCGGUGGAUCCCGACGGGGUGGAGAACGAGGCGAAAUUCCCCAAGUUGGUCCCGAUGGUUGGGCAGUUGCUGGCGGUAACUCUGCUCCACGGCCGCAGCCCAAGGCUGGCGAUCUGUCCAAGUUUGGUCAGAUCAGCAGCAAGGGCGCUCCUCUCACCUUUGGUCCUCAGAGCAGCAUCUACGCUGGAAAGAAAGACAAGCGAGAGUCUGUCCAGCGAACUAAUUCUUCUUCGAACAUGUUCUCCAUGCUUAAUAACGAUUCCACCCCAGAAGCCACGCCCAAAGAAAUGGUUCAACGGAAACGACUUAUUCUUGCGCCUCGGUCGAAACCAGUCGAAGGCCAGGAGAAUGCACCGACGACUGCAGAGUCCGAAGGUAGCUCAGACGAAGAAGUUACCACCGAACCUGAGCCUGUCGAGAUGAGCGACAAAGACGCCAAGAAGAAGAUCGAAGAAGACAUCAAAGAGUUUAGCGCUGUUCGGAAUCUCGAUGAAGCAGAAGUUUACUUCACACAACUUCCUGCUAAACACCAUCCUCUCUUGGUUGAAAAGCUGAUUUCAUUUGCUGUCGAGUCGAAAGAAGCAGACGCACAGUUGGUGUCCCAGUUCUUCUCCCGUGCCUCGACCAAGAACCUGUGUACAAUUGCUGAUUUCGAGAGCGGGUUUGCUGCAGUGGUCGAGUUCCUGGAUGACAUUGCGAUUGAUGCACCGAUGGCGUUCAAGCUGAUGGCAACCAUGAUGAAAGGCCCGGCCUUUGAUGAUGAGCAACGGACACGCUUAGCUUCAAAGACGGACAAUGCCAAACUUCUUGGGCUUCUAUCUUAGACUCGCUGAUUUCGCCUUGCAUCUCGUACUGUAUCCGUUAUCCUCAUGUUUUGCACUUUAUUUCCCCUUGCAUUGUCUCAUACUUUGGCAUAUUGUUUAUUUUACGAUGCAUUCAAGGCAUCGUUCGGUACCUACUUAUUUUAGUUUCACUUGCACAUCAUGUACGUAGCAACGGUAGCAUACUACCGAGCAGAAGAGUUUCAUUUUUUCUGCGUAAUUACCGGCGAGUUCCAGUGCACUGCAUCGCGUCAUGAUCAUCAAAUGUGCGAUUUGCCGUAAGCGGAAUGCCGUUUAAAU